AUGCAUUGUUCGAUGGUUAUUCUUUUAGAAAAAUUAAUUCAACAUUUUGAAUCUGUAACACAUAAAUCAUCGCUAGCUCGUUGUGAAAACUUUAAAAACAAGAAAACAAAUAUUGAUAUAAUGCUUGAUAAUAGUCGUCGUAAAGCCGAUCACGAACAAGAUGCAAUGUUAAAACUGAAUAAAGAUGUUAUUAUCACAUUAUUUGAUGCAGCUCAAUAUUUGGCUAAACAAGGUUCAGCAUUUCGACGUGAUCCACAUUCAGAAGGUUUGCCGGGUGAGCACGAAUGCUUUUCACUAAAAGACUGUAUAUUGAUCCCACAACUGCACUUUAAAUCGCGUUGUCUUCUACAAUCAUUUAUAUUUUAUGUAAUUUUGUACAAUUAA